CGGGCCCCGUCCUAAGGCGACGAGGGCCCUUGUCAACCCGAGCCUGAGCGAUCAUGGCAACGGGCUCCGGCAGGGAGCGCGUGGCAGCGGUGGUAGCGGUGGCAGUUUGGUCGCGGACUGGGACGGAGGGCCGGCGGCGGCGGCGGUGGCAGUGGCCCUGGCACCGGCCCUGAGCGCCAUGCAGCCGGGCGGCUCCAAGAGGGAGUUGGCGGUAGGGUGGGAGGCGGAGGCGGUGGCCGCGGCUGAACCGCAGGCAGCGGCGGCGGCGGAGCAGGUCCGCGUGGACGCUGGGGCGUCCGGGGAGCCGGAGCGCAAGGCGAGGGAGGAGUCGGCCAAGGACCCGGUCCCGGCGCAGCCCCGCGCGACCGAGGAGGGGGACGCCCGCGUCCUCCCGCGGCCGCCCCCCGCGCCCGUGUCCAGGCCGAAGCUGGCGCUCGCACCGGGUCUCUGGCCGCAGGGGAAGCCCAGGAGCAAGGGCCAAAGUUGCAAGCGGAGCCCGAGCCGCCGGUCGGGCGAGUACCACUCUCUGCGGCCCGUCACCGUGGACAGCUCCAAGGCCAGGACUUCCCUGGACGCCCUGAAGAUCAGCAUUCGUCAGCUCCAGUGGAAGGAGUUCCCUUUUGGCCGACGCUUGCCAUGUGACAUCUACUGGCACGGUGUUUCAUUUCACGACAGUGACAUAUACUCCGGUCAAGUGAACAAGUUCCCAGGCAUGACGGAGAUGGUGCGGAAGAUCACUCUGAGCAGGGCCGUGAGGAUCAUGCAGAGCCUCUUCCCCGAGGAGUACAACUUCUACCCUCGCUCCUGGAUCCUGCCUGACGAGUUCCAGCUCUUUGCCGCUCAGGUUCGAAUGGUGAAAGACGGAAACCCCUCCUGGAAGCCCACUUUCAUUGUGAAACCUGAUGGUGGUUGCCAGGGCGACGGAAUCUACCUCAUCAAAGACCCCAGUGACAUCCGCCUGGCAGGGACCCUGCAGCGCAGGCCGGCGGUGGUGCAGGAGUACAUCUGCAAACCUCUCCUCAUCGACAAGCUCAAGUUCGACAUUCGCCUGUACGUCUUACUGAAGUCCUUAGACCCCUUAGAGAUCUACAUAGCCAAAGAUGGACUCUCCAGGUUUUGUACGGAGCCGUACCAGGAGCCCACCCCCAAGAACCUGCACCACAUCUUCAUGCACUUAACCAACUACUCGCUGAACAUCCACAGCGGGAACUUCGUCCACUCGGACAGCACGAGCACGGGCAGCAAGAGGACUUUCUCCAGCAUCCUGUGCAGGCUGUCCUCCAAAGGCGUCGACAUCAAGAAGGUCUGGUCCGACAUCAUCUCCCUGGUGAUCAAGACCGUCAUCGCCCUGACUCCAGAGCUCAAAGUCUUCUACCAGUCGGACAUCCCCGCGGGGAGGCCCGGGCCCACGUGCUUCCAGAUUCUAGGCUUUGACAUCCUCCUAAUGAAAAAUCUGAAGCCUAUCCUACUUGAAGUUAACGCGAAUCCCAGCAUGAGGAUCGAACAUGAGCAAGAGCUCUCCCCAGGGGUGUUUGAAAACGUCCCCAGCCUUGUCGACGAGGAAGUGAAGGUGGCCGUGAUCAGAGACACCCUGCGCCUCAUGGACCCGCUGAAGAAGAAAAGAGAGAACCAGUCUCAGCAGCUGGAGAAGCCAGAAGCCGGAAAGGAAGAUCCUUCUGACAGUGAUCUGGCCUUCGCCUCCGACGGCAACCUCAAUCCUGAAGCCCACCUGCCCUCCAUCUGCCUCAAGCAGGUGUUCCCCAAGUAUGCGAAGCAGUUCAACUACCUGCGCCUGGUGGACAGGAUGGCCAAUCUGUUUAUCCGGUUCCUGGGAAUCAAGGGAACAAUGAAGUUGGGACCAACAGGCUUCCGUACCUUCAUAAGGAAUUGCAAGCUGAGCAGCAGCAGCCUGUCCAUGGCCGCCGUGGACAUCCUGUACAUCGACAUCACAAGGAGAUGGAACUCCAUGACCCUGGACCAGCGGGAUUCAGGGAUGUGCCUGCAGGCCUUCGUGGAAGCUUUCUUCUACCUGGCUCAGCGGAAGUUCAAGUUGCUCCCCCUCCACAAGCAGGUGGCCUCACUGAUCGACCUGUGCGAAUACCACCUGUCCCUGCUGGACGAGAAGCGUCUGGUGUGUGGCCGGAGUGGCAGGCCUGGGGGCCGGCCCCCCUACAGCGGCACGCCCCAGGAAGCCGCCCCAGCAGCCCCGCCAGCAGAGAGCGACCUCCGGCCCUGCACAGCCAAGCUCUCCCAUCCCAGACACGCCCCAGCCUGAGGGCCGCUCCGUCCUCCCAGGAGAGCAAGCCCUCCGGGGCCCGAGGGAGGCCCUGGACGUCCCGCCCGUGGAGCAACUCGGGCUGCUGAGAACUCCCGCCCGGGGCGCUGCUCAUGGUCCCCUGUUGUGCGGAGCUGUGCCUCGAGGGGCCGGUCGAUUCCCUCUCGCCUUCCUCCCGGUGCCUCUGGGUGGUGACCCUGUUUUCCAGCCAUCGGUAGGACACACGACAUCCCAAAGGUGACAGGUGGCGCCUGCCAUCCUGAGCUCAUGGGAAGCAGCAACAGGGGUAGAACUGUUGGGUUUAGGGUGCCCAGGAAAGAAAGGACUUGCGGGAGCCGAGUCAGGGGCCUGCCGGGGCCGCGGGAGCACGCCCUGGGGAGCGCCGAGAGCGAGCGUCGUGUCCGCUGCCUGCCACCACCCUGUGAGGACGAAAGGGGGCGCCCAUCCCAAUCAUGUGCUACGCGGGUGUAGUUAACAGAUUAGCCUCAUUUAUUUCAUUAGCUCGCCUGUUGCUGCGGUGGCUGGUUCGCUAUUAAUUAAGAAAUAAUUAACUAAGAAGUCACUAAGGCUCCUAGAGUCUUAAAGCUGGCAUGAGCCACAGAGGUUAUUUUGCCUGAUUUCGUUUGACCUUGACCCCAAAGCAAGAGUCCCACGGGCGUAGGGCCUCCGAUCGGAGCCCUCACGGGUGGGGUGCUCACCGUGCGGCCAGCACUGCCACGGGCUCCUGUGUGCCUGCCACAGGCUGGGUGCCCUGGGUGACGACGGGAGGGGCCUUCCGAGGGGAGGAAACAAGACCCGGGUGAGGGUCGGGGCGAGCAGAGCACGAGGCUCGAAGCCCAGGUGCCAGACGUGCGGGGAGAGGGGGCCCACGCUCCCCUCGCACCAGAGCCUGCUCUUGUCUCCACCUGUGUCCCCUGCUCACCGGUGGCCACAGUGGCAUCGUGGGAGAUAGCCACGGGUGAGACAGGGUCCAAGGCACACUGACGACAGGUAGCGGGAGACAGCUCUGGCUGAGCCCCUGGACAGCCGGCCCUCCAGCGUGGGUUCCACGGAAGGUAGCUCGCCCUGCCUCUGUCUGGGGAGCAUGCACCACAGGGCGCUCGAGUCGAGGCACCAGGGACCGGCCAGAAGCGGGCCAGCACGCGGUGCUGGUCAGGGCACCUUGAGCUCAGGGCCGCUGUCAGCAGUGCUGGUCCCCGUGCGGAGACAGGUGCCUCCACCCCCUGGACAAGCCCCCUCGCCCGCUCUCCCAUCUCCCUGGGCCUCCGUCCCCGCGCCCCAGCUCAGACCUCACCCUCCCUCACCUGGACCUCGGCCGUGUCCUGCCUCUCGGCUCCCUCAACACACCUGUGGCUCUGUGCCUUUCUAGAACCACCUCCCCUUCUGACACAAAUUUAGCACCUGCUCACUUCACGGUUUACAAAGUACUUUUACGGCCCUCCUCCCCACGCCCAGGGAAGGUUGAAGAUCUCGCUGCCGUCUCUCCUCAGGUGGGGAUUGAUGCCCAGGAGGUUGAGUGACUGGCCCAAGGCCUCGGGGCUGAGCCAGGACUCACAGGGAGGCCCCCUGGCCCCCGGCCCUUGCUCCUUCUCAGCACCACAGCUGCUCUCCACGGCGCCCCAGUGUUCCCACAACCCAGUGGGGAGAGGGUUUGGCCCCAUUUCACAGACGGAAACCCAUGUCUUGAAGCGGCUGGGAGAUCCUGGGGUUCUGGAGGCUCAACUUGGGGGGGCUCUCUGAUCUGGUGGUCUCUUGCCGAGCACCCAGAAGGGCUCAGCGGCCCACAUACAUGCUGCGGGCAUGAGGCCUCUCUCUCCCUCUCGCUCUCUGGGAACAAAGAACGAGAAACGGAAAGUAUAGUACCCGUGGAAGCGUGUCGUAAAACCAAGUGCUGAUCCAGUGCCCUGUCGUCUUCAGACCGGCCCCUGGCUUCCUACGAGGUGCAAGGAGGUGGAGGAAAAGGUUCAUCUUGAACGUUGUGACCCGUCAAGACGAGCGAAGCCGCAGCAGUGGGCUCCGCGGCCUCCGCCCCUCCCGCCAUCCUCACACCCAAGGGCUGAAACGCGGCCUCCGCCGCUCCUCUGACACCUGGAAGCUGCCCUGUCAUUGGCAGAGCAUCACUGCACCAAAGUCGCUUAAUUUUAAAAAACAUCUUGAGUAAUGCCCCAAACUCCUUGGCCCUACAGGUGAG